AUAUUUUUUGAAAUGCUGCUUUUGAAGAUACUCCUCAUUUUAUUUUGGAUCGCGAAGAAAGGUAUACUAGGCUUUCUACUUUGUGUUCAAUAUAAACUGCUGUGUUUGAAGGUGAUCAGGACGUAUAUGUUUCUUAUUAUGACAAAAAAUUCAAAAUCUACCCAAAUAUGUUAUCACUGAUAAAACCUUUCAAUGUUCCGCCACUAGAACAAAAUUGUAGUCUUUGGAGAACACUGUGAGAGAUUUUGUAGAAGUUGGUAGAGAUCGCUAACUCUUAACUUGCCGAUGUCAAGAACUGACAAUCGACAAAGAGUGAUUUAGAAACUGGCCGUACAUGUCUCUCAUGUUUUUCACCUGCACCAUGCACAUUUUUAGGGCAACGGCUAAUACACGAAGACUAAAACCAAUGCUUUUAGUAUGUGUUAGCGUAGAUAUCGGGUAAUAAUAUACUCGGCAUAUUGGAGGAGAACUGACCUGAUAUAACAUUUUGCAGUUAAAGAAACUCAUGCCCAUUGUCAUUACACGUAAUUUACAGUCCCGCUCAGGUUAAUGAAAGCGAAGGGUACUUCUUGACGACUCAAAACUGUUCUAAAUGUAAGUAGUUGGCAGGUUUUUUAUAUGGACGAGAGCUUGAUAUGCGCGAAAAUAACACUUCCAAAUUACCUGAAUGUCUAUCCCGUUAGAGGUAGUCUUUCAGUUUGUAGUAAAUUAAUUUCGAGUCAUUUUUUUUCAGAUUGCUUAUUUGUAGCCGAUAUUUCCUUUUCAGAAUGUUGUCGUAUCAAGGAGUUUUCAGCAUCCAUUACAGGAAAAUAUUAUUUAUUUAUGGUAGAUAUUUCCUUUUCAGAAUGUUGUCGUAUCAAGGAGUUUUCAGCACCUAUUACAGGAAAAGUUUUGGCCGAUCACGUUAUCAAGACUUUAGAUGUGGCGCAAGAAGAAACGUGCAAGAUUCACUGCUACCUGAGCGACAUCUGCCAAUCAAUUAACAUAAGCCCUCGGCUUGACAGCGGCGUGUGGAGGUGCGAAUUGAGCGAUACAGACGAAAAACAAAAUCCAGAGAGUUUCAUGGAAGCUGACGGCCACAAAUAUUACGCGACGAAGAAUCCCUGCAGAAGUUCUCCAUGUGUAAAGAAUUCAACAUGUAGACCGAAUUUCCUAGAUGAUGACAGCUUCCAAUGCAUCUGUCCGUCAGGCUUUACCGGAGACGAAUGUAGCACAGAUGUGGAUGAAUGUACUACUGGUUCUCAUAACUGUUCAGCUGAUGAAUCCUGUGUUAAUAACGUAGGAUCAUUCACUUGCUGCAGCAAAGCCAAUGGAAAUAGUACAACAUCAAUAAUAAGAUAUAAAGGUUAUAAUCCAGACCACCCAGCCUGUUCGUGUGCAGAUGUCUUAAUUAACACACCAGAGUCUAGAAGUGGCGCUUACUAUCUCAAAACCGACGAGGGAGUGGUAGCUCACACUUAUUGCCACAUGGAGGACAUAGUUGAAUGCGGUGGAGGUGGCUGGACUCUAGUUAUGAAGAUUGAUGGUGAAAAGACUACAUUUUCCUAUCACGCAGACCUUUGGAGCAACAAGACAGCUUACAGUCAAGCCUCUGGUAAAACUGGGCUUGAUCUUGAAGAGACAAAGAUGCCCAGCUACUGGAGUAAUCCUUUUAACAAAAUUUGCCUUGGAAUGAGGGUUGGCGGGGAGACAAAAUGGGUAUCUAUUGAUAAGCAGGCAAUCUCUUUAUACUCCCUUCUGGCAGACAACAGGUACAAAGGAACAACCAUUGGCAGAGACAAGUGGAAAUCGCUUUUGAGUGAAUCUUCACUCCAACCAAAUUGCAACAUGGAAGGAUUUAAUGUAAUGUCGCCAACUGGGACAUCCGACGCUGCCAUUACCAGAAUUGGAAUUAUAAGUAACAACGAAGGAGAUUGCACUUCUUGUAAUUCACGAAUUGGAUUUGGUUCCGCCGGCUCUAGAUGGCAAGAUGGUCGCAACUCCUGUGGAAAUGAAGCAGCGGCGUACAACUCAGACAAUGGAGAGAAACAUAUCAAAGCAAACUGCUACAUUCUUGUUCAGUGAAUCCUGGAUUCCAGUCAUCGAUCAGUGCAUUGUACCUCGAAGAACACUUUAUUGCAUCAGUAGUGUUAACACUUAACGUGCCGUUUUCACACUAAGCUUAUGCGUGUGAAACUGCGCUAAAAAAUCACAGCCAUCUUGUUCUCGACGUGCAACGGAUUAUGCCUCGCGUCCAAAAGCCAAACACUGUACAUUUCGCUAAAGACAGUAGCGCUCUGGAGAUGAUUACCAGUAAAAGAGCGAAAAACACGUUGCAUUGCAUUUGCACUCUACUUUAUUUCCUUCAGUCCAUCUUUAUGUAGACAUGAUUAAUUGAUCAUCGCAGUUAUGCAUUCAACUUAAGCAGUUGUGAAAUUAAUUAAAGCC